AUGGCAGCCCCCAAACGUCUGUUUUUUGGUAAAAAGCGUUGGUUCUCUGGUCUUCCAUUUCGUACCCAUCUAAAUUUCUUAUUGUGUUGUACAAUAAAGCUUGAGAGAGAAAGGGUUCUACCAAAAUCAGAGCACAAGUUACAUAAGAAGAGGGAAGGGGAGAAAAACCAGAAUAAGAAGGGAAAGGAUAAAACUCAAUGUCUCUCCAAGAAAUUUGAGAAGCUUGUUGAUGUUCAGUUUGGAUAUAAAGAUGAAGUUCAAUUGGAGAAAAGUGACAUUACCGAAGAACAUGGGCCGCCAGCUGGCUAUAUAUCUGAUGGUAGCCAAAACAGUCAUAAGAGGAAAAGGGAAACAGAUUUCCACAGCGAAUGCCGGGUUGAUGGGAAGAAAAUAAAGAUUCGAUUUACCUUGAAAAAGUCUAAUGGAUCUGAUUCAUCUAUCAGUAAAGAAUCAGCUUGCUCUAGUGGUGGAAGGACGAAUUCUAAUCAAGAUUCAUGUUAUGUUGCUUCUGUGCCUCAACGGGAACUGCAUCAUGAUGUUGGAUGGAAGGAGCAUUCUCCCUCUUCAAAACCAAGUUAUUAUGUUGUUCCUGUGCCUCAACAGAAACUGUGGCAUGAUGUUGAAUGGAAGGAAAAAGGUCCCUCUUCUUCUAGAACAUCAUCCAAAGACAAAAAGAUUAAGGCUGCAUUGCAGUAUGAAGCUCCGAUUGAUGAUUGGUUUCCACCUCUUCUACAACCUGAGCUAAACUAUUGUGAUAAUGUUGAUGACUGGCUUCUUCCUAAAAAGCUGCUUGGUGAAUCAGCGGCCAAAAGAUCAGAUGAUAAUGAUGUUAUGUGUCAUCCUAGUUUAACUUCAUGGCCUCGGGCACAGUAUCUCCCGGAUGCUGAGAUGUAUGCAUUGCCGUACACGGUGCCAUUUUGAUUUACAUACUGGAGGGUCAAGUUAUUUUUUUGGAUCCCUUACAGAAGAGCAGCCUAAUUCUUUUAUCCAGUAUUUGAAAUUGUAGUCUUAUGCUCAUCUUCAUUUUGCCAGAUUGAGUUACAAUGCCGGAGUUGUACAUUUCUAGUUUUGUCGGCCAACUUUAACAUGUACAGUGUUGAGAAUUUUUCUAAUAGAAACGAGAAUUAUUCUACA